AUGUCCUUCAAGAUUGUUUUCGAGCAAAUUGAGAGCUCAUCGAUUCAACAAUUGUCCGAAUGUGAUCUACAAUCAUUCUCGUACAAAAAAGACGCGCCUUCGACAGAAAAACCGCGAGUUUUGCAUCGAAAUCAAAAAGUCGGCACUGACGUUGCGGCGAAAGACAAGGCUUGUGGUCGAAGUGUACUCAAAGUGAAUGUAGCGACAAGUUAUGAGUUUCAAAAAUUGAAUGCAACGCAAAUUCAUCGAGCCAUUAAUGAUCCGAAACUCGCCGAGUUUUUGAAUCGCGUUUAUCCGAUAUUGAAAGAGGAACUUGAUGAUAGCGAAUUGUUCAAUAAACUCUAA